GGUUGGCAUAUGCAAUCGAGAAACGUGAAAAUGAAAUAGAUGCAUCCGGAGGGCGUUUCAUAACUAAAUUCUAUGGCCCAUUGUUAGCCGCAGGUUUAUUAACAUUUAAUAUACUUAUAAUACUGUUUGGAGCUCUGGUGCUGAGGAGGAUCACUCAACGUCAUGGAAUGAACAAAAGUUGCACUUUUUAUGAUAUCUAUUCGAGUGAUUCAAGUGAUUCGAGUAAUUCGACGGACUCGGUUGAGAGUAAUCCUUCACCUGAUAAUUACAAUGAUAAAGGUCGAGAGAUUUCUGAGGAACUUUUUAAUGACUUUGAUAGUGAUGGUGCGAAUGAUAAAACCGAAAAAUUUAUUGACGAGUAUCAUGAAAAUCAUGAAUGUCACGAAGAAUAUGGUACAAACAAAUCUACACCACCAGACAACUCAAUUGAAACAAUUCAAUCGACUCAAGUAUCGAUGCCACAAACGAAGGCUCAGAGAUCAUCUUUACACUCCAACUCAACAAUGCUGCGGAUUAACUCAAUUAGAACAAUACCGAUUUCAUCCACCAACUCACACAUAAACUCAGAAAUACCACAAGCAAGGAUAGCAAGAACUGACUCCAACGCAACAUCGCCGCGGAUUAGCUCAACUCAAACAAUGCCGAUUUCACCCAUUCACUCACACACUAAUUCAGCAAUAUCACGAACUGAGACAACUCGAACAGACUCGAUUACAUCCUCUAACUCGUAUAGCUCGACCCAAGUAUCGAUGCCACGAACGAUUGCUCAGAGAUCAUCUUUACGCUCUAACGACGCAACAUCGCCACGGAUUAGCUCAAUUCAAACAAUGCCGAUUUCGCCCAUUCACUCACACACUAACUCUGCAAUAUCACGAACUGAGACAGCACGAUCGGGCUCGAUUACAUCCUCGAAUUCGUACAGUUCAACUCAAGUAUCGAUGCCACGACCGAUGGUUCAGAGACCAACAUUACGCUCCAACGACGCAAUGUCGCGGGUUAGCUCAAUUAGAACAAUAUCGAAUUCGCCCAUUAAUAAUUCAGCAAUAUCACGAACUGAGAAUGCACGAACCGACUCGAUUACAUCCUUUAACUCGACCCAAGUAUCGAUGCCACGUUUACACUCCAACGCAACGUCGCCACGGAUUAGCUCAAUUCAAACAAUGCCAAUUUCGCCCAUUCACUCACACACUAACUCUGCAAUAUCACGAACUGAGACAGCACGAUCCGGUUCGAUUACAUCCUCGAAUUCGUACAGUUCAACUCAAGUAUCGAUGCCACGACCGAUGGUUCAGAGACCAACUUUACACUACAACUCAGCAAUGUCGCGGGUUAACUCAGUUAGAACAAUACCGAAUUCGCCCAUUAACUCACACACUAAUUCAGCAAUAUCACGAGCUGAGACAGCACGAACCGACUCGAUUACAUCCUCUAACUCGUACAGUUCGACCCAAUUAUCGAUGCCACGGGCGAUUGCUCAGAGACCAUCUUUACACUACAACUCAACAUCGCCGCGGAUUAGCUCAAUUAGAUCAAUUCCGAAUUCGCCCAUUAACUCACACACUUUCUCAUCAAUAUCACGAACUGAGACAGUUCAGAGACCGAAGAAUUCAACCAGACGAACUAGAUCAGUUCAAUUACCAGCUCCUGUUGCGCGUAUUGAACGUGGACCUGAGAAAAGAAAAGUUUAUUAUUCCUACAUAUAA